GAUUGUGAUUCCGGGGCACAAGAUCUAUUCGGAGAUGCUCUUACGCUGCAUGAUCUGCGCAACACCUACCCAGAGUUAUACAGUUUCAUGCUUCAAACCGGAAAUAAAAUUGAAUCGCCUGAGUCUUCGACCAAAAACUCUGAUAGCUCUUGGACUAAUACCGCCUUUGCCAAAGUAGAAGCUUCCUUUGAAUCCGAUUCUGAUGUCGCUUUUGCGCAAUUUUUUGGCAUUCAUGAUUCAUCCAAUUCCUUGCUCACAAUUCGCAGGGCCAUGUCCUCCAUAUUCAAUUGCCUUAAUGCUGUUCAUGUACAAAAGACCUCCAAAUUGCGCAUGGAAAUAAGGGACCUGUGUUGCCGGUUACAGGGUCUUCAGGCAAGCCGUGAACAGGACCAGCACGAGAUUUACCGCCUGCAGAGAGAACGCGAUCGUUUUCGGCGUGAACUUGCCCACCAAGCUGCUCGUUACGAGGACCGAAUCACGGAGCUGCAUAGCGUGCUCGCCGAGUUAAAACGGAAAAUGGAACGACCAAAUGCUGUUGUCGAUGUUGGUAUGGCAGUGCAGGAUUUAGUUGAAGUUAGUGACGACGACGACGUUGGGGACGUCGAUCACGAGGAUGUGGAGGAUGAUGUUAACGACGAUCAGGUCGACGGCGGAAACACAGGCAAGCAAGAUCAGCAGAAAGAACAGAACGCCUCACGAAAUCAUCUCCCCCUUCUGUCUGACUGGGAGAACAAUGGGGUGGCUGCUGCCGUGGACAGCUUUGGCAGCCUAGUGGAGUUUUCCUACUCUACUCUCAUCGCAAAUGGUGCCAACAUGGCUGGUGGUCUGAUCCACUCAGAGCCAGAGGAUCUGAUGACUUCGCACAAUUCCAUCGCCUCGGGCAAUGCAUCCCUUGAGGCCCAGAGUUGCCUUGCGCAAUCUUCCAUUAUUGACGGGAACGAUCACGCCACGAAAAGCCUUCAUAACUGGCUUUACUCCAGACUUUUUGUCUCCGAGCACAAUGAAAUCAGUGAGUUCUUGCAUUCAGUUGUCGUCACCUGGCAACGUUUCGUGGUGAAGAUAUUUGGUCACCGUCAGUGCGUGCGUGUGAGUCACCGCAUCGUGCGCCCAGACUCCGCGAUCGGCAAUUAUUGUGGAGCCUCGGAAGCUGACAAGAAAAUGUGCGUUUGCGCUUCGUCGCUCAUUAUUGCCGCCGUUGUGACUGCCUCCAAUCCAAUAAAUCUUGUUACUUCCUACCGCGGUCCCCAGCGAAAAUGA